AUGUUUACUAAGGUAACGAAUUUGAAAUUAAUUAAUAUAAAGAAGAAUAUGUAAAUUAGAGAUGAAUUAGAAUAAUAGUUUAUAUCAAAAUUAACAAUUGAACGAUAGAAUUUAGAGGAUAGAUUGUAGAAAUAAAAUAUUUAGGAGAUAUAAUAAUUAUCUUAUCAAUUCUAAUAAACAUAACUAGAGUUAAAUCAGAAUAGAUCUAAAUAAUAGUGA